AGUGCGUGAUCGGACGCAGUCAUGUUCAUUCCGAACAAACAGCAGCUGACCACCAGUGUGCCAAAUUAAAAUUUGUAACAUUAUUUCAAAAUUGCAAGUUCCAUCUACAACGUUUUCUAAAACCUACCGGGAAUGAUUGAUAUUACAAAGAACUGGUAAAGAGACGGUGCAGUUUUGUGCAAAUGUCGGGUAAGAAAGUACAAAAUCCUAACAGAUUAAUGAAGGAUAUUGAAAACUUCCCAUUUUUAAAGAAUAUUCUGCCACCAGAAUAUGACUAUUACGUUGAGGCUUACAACGAAUAUGAAGACCAUGAAGAAGAGAAACGCUUCAGUGCCAGCUUCCGAAUCUCUAGAUCAGAAGCAACAAAAGAUAGUAUGAGGCGAUGGCUGGAGGAAUUUUGCAGCCGCUCUUUGACCACAUAUAGAAUUGAAAGAACAUAUCCGACAGAAACCAAGUGGUUUAUAUACAGGGUGGAUUUGAGAUGUCAUCAUAAUACAAAGCCAACAAGCCACAAAAGGGUCCAAGCACCUCAUAAAAAGCACACAGCCUGUCCUGCAAAAAUGACAAUCAAGAUAAGACAGGAUAAACUCAGUAAAAGAAAGAGCAAUGAGCUACACCUGAAGACUCAUCCUGUUGAAGUGUUGCUAAAUCAUCUCCAUAAUCAUCUCACCCAAAAGAGAUAUGCUCUUCAGUUUCGGGAUCCAGAUUCAGCCCUCGUCAAAAAAUUUAGGAUGAUGUACCAUGCCGGUUAUAAGCCUGCCACUGCUCUCAAGAUUCACAAAAGGGAUAUACAUAUGGAGUAUGAGGAGGAUUACUGUGCUGCUCUAGAGGACAGAGCAUUAUGCCCUGAUGUGAAUUGGUGUUAUAGACAGUACUACUUAACAUGCAAGAGAGAUAAAAAUCUCAGUAUUUUAGAGAGUAAAACAAAUUCAUUGGAAAAAUUUGUAGAUGAGUAUAAUAAACAGUGCAAUGAAACAUGUGCAGCAAUGAAGCUGCUGAAUGGUGAAAAUACAGAUGUUAUUGUUGCUUUAGUUACACCUUUGAUGAAGCAUUUCCACAAAGGUUUAGCACAGACUGGGAAGCUAAUACUUAUUGAUAGCAACAGUAUAGAAUUUCUGAAAUGCAGGAUUUAUCUCCUUAUGACUCACAGUGGUUUUGGUGGCCUUCCGGUAGGAAUUCUCAUAACAUCAUCAAACAGCACUGAUGUUUUGCAUCAGGCUCUAGAUUUAUAUAUGGACUUGUUACCUGAUCAGGCUUUUGCUGGACGUGGUCAUCUUGGACCAGAAUUCAUUUUGACAGAAGAUUGUCAUGUUCAACGUCAUGCCUUGGCAGCAAAAUUUCCUGAUACUACAGUAUUCAUUUGCCCAUAUCAUGUGAUUCAGUCAGCCUGGGAAUGUCUGUGCCACAGUCAAUCUGGCAUAGAACCUGGUAGCAGGCAGAAACUCUUUGGCAUGGUUAAGGAUAUGGUUUUGGCCCAGUCUGUGUCUGACCUGGAGGAAAAAUAUAAGAAGUUAAUGACAUCAGUAGAGACUCAUUAUCCUUUAAAGUUUUUUUCCCACAUGGAGAACUUGCAUAAAAGAAGGACUGAAUGGGCUCUAUGCCUUCAAGGUGAUUUGAUGAACCAAAUUCAUAGCUUCACAAGUAUUGGUGAAAUAAUGGAAUCUCUGAAGGACAAAAUGCUGAAACAAACAAAAGCAUGCACAAUGGUUCAGCUUCUUGAAUUUUUAACUACUGAUUUAAAUACAUAUUAUACAGAAAGAUUACAUUGCAUUGCGGAAGGUCAGUUUGAAGUCCCAUUUUUACAACGCUAUAUGCAGGAAAAGAAAAUGAUGGAUUCGCUAGAGAUUGUUCCCUUCUUCAAAAUUAAAAAUGCAGGAACAGGUGAAUGCUUUGAUGUAGACAUGAGUUUAGGUUUGUGUUCCUGCUCAGUUGGUGUCUCAGGUGAACCUUGCAAACACCAAUGUGCCUUAACUCAGAAACUUGAUUUAGGUAACGUGAUGAAACCAGUCAUAGAUUCAAGAACAAGAGAUGAAGUAACCCGAAUAUACAGCCAGACUCAGGGUAUAAAGCUCAAAAAUGAUACUGAAAAAAAAAUUGAAGAGUGCAGUGAAAAACAGGAAAAAAUAUAUGAAAGUGGAAGCUUGAAAUUAUCAAAUAAUACCAAUAUUCUUUGUCAGAAACAUGCAGAAUCAAAAGAAGCCAAUAUAAGAAAAAGAAAUGAUGAUUUGAAAAAAUUAUCUGAUUCUAAAGCUAGUUCUGAUGCAUCACCCUGCCUAGCAUGUAGCAGAAUCCCAACUUCACAAGCCCAUUUAAGUUCAAAUGUACAAUCAUUUUGUGAGACUUGUAGAAUUAGGUUGAAUAACAAAGAACAGGAGCAACAUGGUCUGCAGAAACAUUCCAGCGAAAAGCAAUAUGGAUGGGAUAUACAUGGAAAAGGUAAAACUGUGUGUGAUUCUAUGAGAAAACACUCGAGUCAAAGUCUAAAUAGUUCACCUGUAAGUGAGCCAUGUGAAAAACAUUUUAAAAAUCGGAAUAGAUUUGCUAGACAUAGAUGCAAAAAGGGUAAGAAAUGUUUUUGUUUAAAUUGUCAAAAGCCUUAUGUAAAUGAAAGACACUUACCAACUGAGCUGCACAAAACUUUCAAAACUUUUGAUACAGAAACCAAUAUUGAAGUUAAAAGUUAUCCUUACCUAAGUGAUCAUCAUCACAAACAAAAGAUUAUCAUAAUUAAUGCAGAAGAGCCAUCAGUACCACCAACUAUUAAUGAUCUUGAAGAGGGUAAUUGCUCUUAUGUACCUCUUUAAACACCAGCUGCACCAAAGGAUUCCCUGAUACAUGUGGUCAGGAAAGAGCAGUCAUUGUAUAAGUGCCUCAGGUACAAUGUUCCAUUCAUGAUUUUUAAAAACUAAUUGUACAUAUUUUUGCUAUUAAAAAAAGUAUUUGCAUAAAAUGGAUCACCCUUAUGGAUAGGAGGAAGAUGCUACCUUGAUGAAAGGAAUAAAGAUUUCACUUUUAUACCAAAGAAGUCGUCUCUCUCUCUCUCCCUCCCUCACCCUCACCCUCACACUCUCUCUCCUCUCUCUCUCUC